UGUAGUGAACAGUACCAAACGCUGUGUGAUUGCUAUUCUCUCUUUGCAUGAUCAAGUUAUUGGGCCAGCUAAUCAGGAGGAAAAGGAUGCAGCAAAAGCAUGGGUAGAGCACCAGGUUUGUGCGGAGUGGAGAAAUGGAUAUUUAGCAGUUGAUGGCACCAAUUUUUGCCUCUUCCAAAAGCCAAGCCACUAUGGGGAGACAUUCUUUGACAAUAAAUCAAACUACUCUCUGAAUUCUCAGAUUACCAUCCUCCCUCAUAAUCUCAAGAUUGUGGACUAUGGAUUAGGGCACACGGGCAGCACUCAUGACUCUUCUGCCUUCCAAGAUACUCUGAUGUAGCAUGACCAUGAA